AAUUCAAAUUACUCAAUUGCAACAAAGUUAUACCUCCCCACCAGUGAAUUCUUUAUAAAAACAGUCGUCGUUACCCAGUAGCUAACUAUACAUACCGAUCCCACAGCCCCCACAUUUUUACUACAUACCACAGUUAGCAAAGGCAACCACGUUUGCAUAAGUCACAUUCACAUUCACAUUCACACCCACUAGUCUCAAUCUCUAAACCUUUUCCCCCCCUUUACAAUUCACAAUGUCUCUGGAUUGUCCACCAAUCUUUGAAAAUAGCUCGGCCACCACCUUCUUUACGACCAGUGGUGGCAACGGUGUUAACAAUACUAACGAGCCUUUUGACACAACUUAUUAUGGAGACAACCAGAUUGAUAACUUAGUUGGAAUGAAUACCCCCCAGAAUUUCAGCAAUAUGUCUUAUAAUACCAAUGCUACUAAUACUACAGCAGCCAUGCCAGAGUCAUUACACAUUAAUGACGAGAUUUUCUUCAAUAACUAUCAGUUAUCUAACCAAUUUCCAGGCGGUGUUGCCAACAAGCUCAACUAUGACGAAGAAUCAACUGGCAAUUUGUCAUCCUCAAAUUCAAUCAACAAUUAUCUGAGCCAUAACCCCUCGGCUUCCGCUUCUUCGCAGUCGUCGUUCUCCCUGAACUCGUCUACGGGAGUACAUUCCACUUUUCAAACUUCAGCCACAACUACACCCAAAGUCGGUUCCAUGCCUCAGUUUGGAAAUGGUCCAGGUAAACAUGGAAGGCAAAACUCCUCUUCGAUUCCAAUCGACCAGUUAACUUUAUUGAGUUUGAGAACUCCUCUGGUUUCAGGUCCACCUCAACAGCAACAACAAACCCCACAACAACAGCAAAUACAACAACAAUUGGCUGGGAUUGCUCAACCAUCAUUUAUGUUUGAUCCAGUUAGUAAUACCUCCUCGCCAAAUGCUGAUGAUUUCCUCCAAUCUCCCACCAACUUUUCCUACUCCCAGGCCGCAGCAGCCGUAGCGGCCGCAGCAGCAGCUAUUCCUACAAUACCAGAAGAACGAACCAUUAAUCCAAGACAAUUAUUUACCAAGUUGAAUACUUCAAUGAGCUCGCCUAGUUUAUCAACAUUAUUUACUACACAUAAUUCGCAACAACAACAACAGCAGCAGCAGCAACCGCAGCAACAUCAACAUCACCAACACGCGCAUCAUUCACAACAACAUCUGCACCAGCAACAUAUGCAAGCUCAGUUGUCUCCCCAACAACCACAAGCGGCUAAUUUUCCCCAGGCACUUUCUGCACAAAUUUCACCAACUCAACCAACAGUGCCUUAUUUCAUGCCGCAACAUACCCGCAGUGUAUCUACUCCGCAAUUCGACUUUAAAGUUGAUGACGAGUUUUCGCAAGCAAUCUCUUCGUGGCUCAAUGGAGGUUGGGUCGAUGGGUUGAAUCCGGAAAUAGUCAACCCGGUUAAAAAGAAUAGAAUGUAUAGUACUGUCAAGGGAAGAAGAAACUCGAUUCAACCUCAAGUACACGUUCCUAUAAUCCAUCAGGCUCAGCAACAAGUGCAGCUGCAACAACAACAACAACAACAGCAACAACAACAGCAAUUGCAACCACAACCACAAUCGCAGCCAAUGCAACCAAUUAUGGAUUCAAUGAGUUAUGCAUCGACUCCAAAUACAUCACCUACAACUUCAUCUCUGAACUCCGACGAUGAAGACAAGAAAAAGAAGAAUAAGAAUAAGAAACGGAGGAAAAGUACUGCGGCUGAAAUUGAUCCAUUGGCUACUUCACCAGCUAUAUCUCCCACUUCAACCAGUGACGAUAAGAAUGCCGCCAAUUCUAGCGCAUUUCCAUGUAUGGAGUGCGACAAGCAAUUCAAGAGAAGUGAACAUUUGAAGAGACAUAUUAGAAGUGUUCAUUCCAAUAUUCGUCCAUUCCAUUGUAAAUAUUGUGAAAAGAAGUUUAGCCGUCUGGAUAAUUUAGCUCAACAUUUAAAAACCCAUUAUAGAAUUGAUGCUGAAGGAAAUAGCCAUGUUAUUAUUAACCCAAGUGGGAAUAGAAGAGAAAAGAAGAAACUGCAGUAGUAGAGCGAGAAGAGAAUGAUAUGUUAUGAUAAGUGUUUGUUAUUUUAGUUUUGUUAUUUACAUUUUUUGGGUGUUUUUUUUCAUUAUUUUUUGUUUCCAAGUUGUUUUACUUUUUGAUACCUUAUGAUUUUCCGUUUGGUUUGCAUUUUUGUUCCUUUUUGUUGAUUUUGGGGAAUUUUCUAUUAUACAUUUUUUAGUUAGUUAGUUAUUUUUAUUUGGUUUUUGUUAUACGUCGUUGUUGUUUUAUUCAAAUAUUCAAUAUAUACUUUAUUAUUAGUAACACCGAGAUCGUGAUCCAAUCGGUAACAGACUUGUCAAGUGGUUACAUCACCUGACAUUUUUCAUUACUUUUUUUUUUUACACACUGUGCAUUAAGAGCAAUGCAUAGAGACGACUUAUCUCCACCAGGGCUUGCAGAAACUUGUCAAUAAUCGUCAGAUGCACCCAGUGAAUACAAAAAAAAAACAACGGUAUAAAACUUCCCAUCGUCUAUUCCCACAUGCUUGGCUAAUUAUUUUCUCGUAACAACGAAAUGGUAUUAACAACCAUUGUGAAAAUAGAGAUAUUUCCGGAACCACUUUUUUUUUCUAUUUAGAUAAAUAGACCAGGACUAGACCAUUACGAGGCUGGGCCCUUAGAGAAUAAAGAAAAAUACGUUAAGGACACUACUCACAAAGACCCACAUUACAAUUGAUUACUAGAACAAUUGUG